UGGUCCGAUUGGAUACCACUUCAUCAUCGCACAUUCCGAUGCCCAGCUUUACCGCCUGGACAUGAUGAGACAAAAUUGGACACAGCCAAUCCCCUAUUGCGUCAGUACAUCAGCCAACUUCAACCACCGCUUGGGCCUACCACUCCCACUUACAGAAUGCAUCCCAGUGGUUAUCCCGGGCAAAUUCAACCCAACCAGUUUCCGCAAGAACAGCAACCUCGCACUCUGCAGGGAAUGCACACACUCAACGGAUUUGCCCAACCAGAGGCUUGGGAUGCUGACCUAGGUAUUAUGCCUCCGCCGCAAGUUCAACCUUUUCGACCGGAAAUGGCAUACGGAUUGACUACGACACGUCUCUACGGACCAAGAGAUGAGCACACAAAAUCCUCCUGGGGUCGAAGCGGUCGAGAAAGCUGGCUGACUUCCAAUCCCACCGCACCUUAUUCCGAUGUGGCAACCGGCUCAAUUAUCCUUGGUUGCAUAAUUCUACCUCUGGCCGUGAUUCUCGUUAUCGAAUUGGCCACAUCCUGCCUGACCUGCUGCAGUCCGUUCGGGGCGGACAGACAGGCAAAACAGGCCGGUCAACUCCGACGGUUGAUUGGUCGCUUGUAUCGAUUGCUUGUGACAUAUGCGUUUGGUUUACUUGUUGUCAUGCUACUCACUCUUAUCUUGCAAGCCGCUAUCGGUCGUCUGAGACCGGAAUUCAUCAAAAUUUGUCGUCCCUCACCGAACGUGUGUCCCCGUUGGGCUACUCUGCUUCGUGCUGCCGGGUAUGGAUUCGACCUAAACGAUCCAAACACGUUUACCAAUGAUCCACAGCUGUUGAAUUUUCUCGCACAAGAAUCGGCACGUCGCGGAUUUUACCUCGUACCUAGAACCACCACACCGACUCCGAAUGUGAUGGGUACGGGGUAUGCGGAAGAGGGAAUUUAUUCGGACGCCGAUUGUACGGAGAAAAAUGUGCUUCGUAUGAAGUAUGCCAGGACAUCAUUUCCUUCACUGAGUGCCGCAGUAACAAUGUACGCGACCAUAUUUCUCGCUGCCUACAUCACACAUACAUUGCGCUAUCUCCGUCGGACCUGCUUCUGUAUUCCGUUAACUCUGCUCCUGGGCAGCUGCCUGGUCAACCUACUCCUUGGUUUGGGUCGCGUAGUUUAUCGAAAAAAUUGGCUAGAGGAUAUAUUGGCCGGUUGGGCUUUGGGGCUGAUUGUAGCUGCAUACGUGCUGUACCGUGCCCUCAAAAAGAGGAACAAUGGGAUUCGAGUAGUCAGUAAUGCGGAACUGCUAAAACAAUUGCAUCGUAUUCAACGUAUGUUACAUUCAAAUCAAGAAUACCGUCAAAAUGAGGUUCAUCGUCAGGCCAGUUUCAAGUCAACCAUUCUGUUGAUCAUCUGCAUUUCAUUGUUCUCUAGUGCAUGGGGUGCCAAUAUCCGUCAAUUGAAAAUGAUUACUCAAUAG